AUGUUGAACACAGUUUUCCUCGCCUCUCUUUUCCUCAUCCCAUUGGCCAUCGGCGCUCCGGCCGUUGACAUCGAGGAGCGCCAAGCGCCAUGUCAAAAUGUGCACAUCUUCUUGGCUCGUGGCACUGACGAGCCUUAUCCGGGUCGCCAAAGCUCCCUUGCCUCGGCCAUUUGCAGUGGCUUGCCUAGCUGUGGCUACGAGAACAUCAAUUACCCGGCUAAUUUCAAUACAUACUGCACUUCGAUAUACGCUGGGAUCACCGGCGGUCUGUCACAGAUCACGGCAUAUGCGAAUCGAUGCCCUAAUUCCAAAAUAGUCCUGAGCGGCUAUUCGCAGGGUGCUCAGCUCAUUGGCGACAUCCUUGGUGGCGGCGGCGGGCAGAGCUUGGGAUGUACCCAGCAGUCCAACUCUGCGUUGAAUCCUGCGACUUCGCCUGGCAAUAAGAUUGCUGCUGCGCUGUUCUUUGGCGAUCCUCGCCACGCUGCCAAUCAGGCCUACAACACUGGUACCGGUGCUUCAAGGAACGGCAUAAACCCUCGGAAUGGUGCUCAACUGACCUCGCUGAACCGCUUUUCCAACAAAAUCCGAUCCUGGUGUUUGGCAGGCGAUAAUGUGUGCGCGCAGGGUACUGAUCCAAACGCCCACACCUCCUACUUUAAUGUGUUCUCUCAGGAGGCAGGUGCUUGGGUCAAGACUAAGGUCUAA